AUUGUAAUCUUUAAAGAAGAGGGAGAUGAGCUUUUAGUCACCUCAGGAGCAACCUAUAUUGCUGUGGUUGCCAUCGAUUUUGGCACAACCUUUAGUGGCUUUGCCUUCGCCUUCAACCACAAAGAUGGAGAGAAAGGUAUCCAUAUGAACAAAGAAUGGGGGACAGAUCAAGGCUACGCUACAAUGAAAGCUCCCACCUGCUUGCUGCUUAACCCGAACAAGAGUUUCAAUUCGUUUGGAUAUGAAGCACAAGAUAGAUUUGCGGAACUGGAGGAGGAGGAGGCCAGAGAAUAUUAUUACUUUGAAAAAUUUAAAAUGGUUCUUCACAAAGAUGAGGUAAUACAUCUAUUAAGCUUCCAAUUAUUUUUAGGGGGUUCCAAUUGGUCAAAAUAAUUAAUAUUGUAAUGUAGAUUUGUUGCUGAAACCUAAGGCGAAUUCACAACGUAACCCAGUCCUCUUCCCAACUUCUUUCUGAAUAUAAACGUGUUGGCUAGUGCUCCCGAGCUGUUGACAUUAUUGCAAGUAUUUUGUUAUUUUUCAAUUAGAACUUGAACAGAGAAACUACUUUGAAGGCAAGCAACGGGAGAGAUAUUGACGCUCUGACCAUAUUCACAUAUUCAAUAUAUUAUAUCCACACGAAAGCCGUUGAAGUUAUUCGGGAGAGAACUGGUGAUGAAAACUUCGGCUCUGGUGAUGUGCAAUGGGUGCUGACUGUGCCGGCAAUUUGGAAGCCAGCAGCUAAGCAAUUUAUGAGAGAAGCAGCAUAUAAAGUAAGGCAUUUAAAAAUAACUAUCAUUUUAAUGUGUUAUUCGCAAUGUUGGUUCUCUUCUUUAACCUUUUAAAAAUUGAGAGUGAUCAGCAUUAAAUUUCUCCAUGCUUAAAGCUCACAAGAUGAACCUGAUUAAUUGGCACUUUGACUACUUUGCUCCUAUAUUUCCUAGGACAUGUACACAUAGUGGCAACAGAUGACAAUCACCUAAAAAUCUUAUAGCGGGGCUCCCGCGCGCGCGAAGCGCGCGUGGGACAGAGCCCCAUACUCAUGGAAUAUGGUCAACCUCUUUUCGUUUGGUUGUCACGUGAUUGACCGAGCGUACGUACGUACGUGCGUACGUACGUACGUACGUACAUACGUACGUACGCGUCUACAGAUGGUACGGGUGGGGUAGGGGAGACUAUCAAAAGGAAGGGAGGGAUGUCUCAAGCAUGUCUUGGCAAGUCCACAUCUUUAAUAUAGGAUUUUAGUAUAGGACAUUCACAAUAUGGUCAAUUGACAGCUGUCAAAACAGGAUACCCACUGACCAGUAUCCCAUGACCAUAUCGCGGGCUCAUGUGUCAACUCAUCGAGGUGACGUGAUUUAUUUGGAAGCUGUCCGCUGACCAGUUAAUUGUUUUACUAGAUCGCGAACAAUGUUCAAUCUCAUACUUUUACUAGUUAAACUGAUAAUGCACACAUAUUGGACAUCAAUGUUUUGAUCAAUUGACAGCUGUCAAAACAGGGUACCCGCUGACCAGUAUCACUUGACCGUAUCGCGGGCUCAGGUGUCGACCCAUCGAGGUCAAGUAUUUUUUUGAAGUUAUCCGCUGACAAGUUACUAGUUUUCAAGUGAUCGCAGGCUCAAGUUCAAGUUUUUUCUAAAUUCAUAUGAAAUAUGUUGUGUUUAUGUGCUACACAAUUAAAAUUUUGAUUGCAAACUGACCUCGGACGCGAAAAUUCAGCCAGCUGUUACAGGCAGGGAAGACAGUUGCCUUUGACUUUUCUCACCAUGGUCACGCGUUGGUCACGCUCUACGUCCAAUUUUUAUGCUCUGAUUGGUCAAAAUUUGACAGGUGAGUUCAUGCGGAAAAUUUAUGCAGCAUCUUGAAUCUUGUUUACUUUGACAGCUGAAGCUGACAGAGUUUUGUGUCAACUUGUGAUGUUUUUAACUGUCUUUUUCCACUGGAUGUGCAAAAUGAAAUUCAGCUGCUAUCAGGAGUCUUCUGUUAUUCAUGGCUAGUUUGUUUAUUGGGUUUUUGGUUGAGGAAUACGUCGCUUGUCAAAGUCGGAAAUCCGAUUUCGGAUAGCAUCGUUUUCGUUUUCACCUUGCUUGAUGCGUAAGAGGAUUGCAAAGUCUGAAGCGAUACUGGCUGUUCUUGAUACCUUUCAGGUGCUGCAUCUCGAAUGGUAAGCCAGAGAAAUUAUUGUAUUUGAUGUUUGUUUUUUGUAUCUAAUUUAAUGAAGUCGAGCGGAGUUUAUGCGGGCAUUUAGUUUAUGCACGUUUGUAAGAUUUGAGACAAUGAUCUGACCGAGUAUCAGGUUUGAUAUAAACUUACAGAACUUUAAAAAGCCUUUAGACAGUUUCUCACCGCAAAUAGAAAGAAAACGUUCCAAAGAAUAUUUAGUUAUAAUUCUGGCCAGAAAAGAAAGCUUUGAGCGAUUUUCUUGCCUCGAGUUCGUCUUUGAAAAAAGCAAACACCGGGAAGCCGGCUUAAAACAUAAACUUAAGCUUGAAGCUUGAAGACUCAGGAUUUUUAGGGACACUUUAAUACUUGUCUUCCUGAAUGAAAAUUGUUGUCUCUGUAUAUGUUUCACCGAAUUAUAUUUCUUUUAUUGAUUGUUAGUAGUCUCUGUUGUAAUUUUAAUCGCUGUGCCGAUUGUUUUCAGUCGUUCAGUGAACAUCGCUUGCAGGAGUACUCAAAAUGCCGCGCGUUAAACCAUUAAAUAAAAAAUAAACAUAAUAAAUUCUUUAUAAUGUUGGAGCGUAACUCUGUUAAUGUUCAUUCAAACACUCGCCACAGCUCGCACUACAAAAGUGAGAACCGGAUGGCCGUAUAGGUGAUUUUGGAAAUUUUUUUAACAGUUUAUGAAUAUUGAAUGAGUCUAAUUUGUAUUGUGAAAUACUGCUUUCUGUCCGAGGUUUGCCGGUAUGAUAAAAACAGUGCCUCAUACUGCUGUUUCACCUCAGUUGUGAUGUAUUAAUGCUACCAAAGGUUGGUUUACACGCACCCAGAUUUGUUGACAAGAUUUUGCAAAGUAAACUUGUCGAACGCAAAAAAGUUGGCCUGAUUUUUUUUCCCACUAAUUAAUCUACGGUGAUCAAGAGCCAUUAUGGCUCUUAAAUGUGAUCGAAGAUCAUUACCAGUUUUUGGGUGUACAAAUGAGGCUAUCAACUCGAUGUAAGAUUUGGUUCACUCUUGGGCUGUUUGCAAAUUAUUUUUCUCUAAAAUCAGGUAGCCUUUCCCUCAAAAGUCACAUAAAUGUGAUCUAAAGUUAACUGAAUUGUGGGAUUCGAAUACAAGUUUAUUGUCUAAUUUAAAUUAUAAAUUUAUUAAUGGGAGCCUCGCUUUUAGCCCUGGCUAAAUCUAUAUAUUACGAUUGAUAAGAACAAAAAACAACAACAACAAUAACAGAAAUAAUGAUAAUGAUAAUGAUAAUGAUGAUGAUGAUGAUGAUGAUGAUAAUGAUAAUAAUAAGACCUGGAAAGAGAAUUGAGAAAACUGUGGAAGUUCAAACAAGGGUUGUGCCUAUUGUUAUCGGGGCACUGGGGACAAUCGCAAAAGGAUUAGUUGGCCAUCUUGAGAGCAUAGGCGUGAAUCUUGAUGUGGUUCAGAUUCAAAAGACUACCUCAUUAGGAAUAGCAUGAAUCCUCUGACAGGUUCUUGACUACUAAGGUUGCAGGGUGUGACCUGUACCUGGAACUGGCUAGGAGCUGAACACUGAGAGUAUAUACAUAAUAACAAUAACAACAACAAUAAUAAUAAUAAUAAUAAUAAUAAUAAUAAUAAUAGUAAUAAUUUUUUUAAAGACACACACUUUUAGUUUAUUAAUAAGACUAAAUUGUAUACAGCGCCGUAGCUAGUAUGAGGCCAACCGAGGCACUCGCCUCGGUAAAAUUUUGACGAAUUUCGCCGAUCAUUUUUAUUUUACAUAAGCGAUCAUCGGAUAUUUUUAACGCAUCAUGAUAUUACAAAGAAUUCAGCAAUUCAGUCAAUAUACUAUGAAAAAAUUACCAUAUCAUCGAUCUCAAGGGGCUACGUACGUUAACUCAAAUUUUUUUUGAAUAAAUACUGAUCAAAACCAUUGGCGAGGUUAACGGUCACCCAGAUUAUGUAGCUUGUUUCUGAUUAUUGCUUUUUAAAUUCCACUUAAAUUAACUCGAAAAAAAGUUACCGAAAGGCCCAGAAAACGCUGCAAAUCGCAUUUCCGAGAGACUAAAGUUAAAAAUUUCUCGGGGGGGGGAGGGGGGGGGCAUGCCCCCGAACCCCCCUAGCAGCUCCCGCCUGCCUCGGUUGGCCGUUUGGUCUGGCUACGGCACUGGUAUAAUUAAUAAUAAUAAUAAACUUUUAAUAAUGACACUAAUUUUUUCAAAAUCUCAUAAAAGAUGCACACAAAACUUCAGUAAAAUAUUCAUAGAUCAAUACAAAGUUCUAUAAUUAACAAUAAUAAUAAACUUUUAAUAACGACACUAAUUUUGUUAAAAUCUUAUAAAAAGAUGCACACAAAACUUCAGUAAAAUAUUCAUAGAUCAAUACAAAGUUCUGGCAAAACCCCUUCCCAAUUCAAAAUUCCAAGAAAUCUCAAAGAGUUAUAAAAAAAAUCAAGUCAAAAGUGUCAAUGGAUGAGAUAAAUGUCAAUGCGCUGAUUCUAAUAAUAUGGAUAAGAUUCGGAUCCAUGAGGAGAAAUAUAAAUCUAUUGCUGUUCAUUUUCCGUACCAAUUUCCCGAUAAGAAGAUGUAACUAAAGAUUAAGAGAUCGAUGAAAAAAAAAACAUUUAAAAAUAAGGAAACACAUCAAUAGUCCGAUUGAAUGGCUCCUUCAACAACUUGAACGUCAAUAGCAACAUUCGUAAUGUCACAUGGCACUCUUCUUCUCCUAGAGCCUCUAAGACAAGCCAACGCAGAUCUCAAGAGUGCGAAUGAGGUUCUGGUUCUGAUCCAUGAGAUGGUUUUGGCAUACUGCCCCCCUUCUUUGAUGGCAAUCAGCUGUGCUAAACGGCUAUGAUACAUCAAGCACUCCUUUCCCAUUCCGCCAGUUGUGGUGAAGACCAAAGGUGUGAAUGCUCCAUGCUUGAUGUCCACAACUCUCCUUGAGUAGAGACACUUUUUCUCGUUCUCAUGGAUACGAUAAAUUUGUUGUAACUUUAAGUCCCUAUAUGAUACAGCUUUAGGGUGACAGACCCUCGCAUCGAAGAAUGUUGAUCUAUGGCAUUCCCAGAAACCAUGUGCGCGGAUAUCUAACCUCGCAUCCUGAGCUUUGUUACAUCCUCUGUUUAAAUGUUCGCCAGAGAUGUCUUGCAGGACAGUAAUCAUCAUCAUCAUCAUCAUCAUCAUCAUCAUCAUAAUAAUAAUAAUAACAAUAAUAAUAAUGUGUGUGAACAGUGCAGUAUGUGCACUGGCAACUGAGUAGGAAGGUCAAACUGAAACGAGCAGAUCAGUGGUACCAACAUACCCCGAGAGGCAGAGGGUCUGGAUUGGGUCAACUGACAACUGACAAAUAGCCUAAAAUUUAACCAUCGCCAGAAAUUUCGAAUCAACAUGCGCAAGUGUCCUAGUAGUAUUUAUGUUAAACUAAAUGAAUACGUACCUUUCAAGUUUUAUCCGUUUAGGUUUUAAGGUAAACAGAUGUGCAAAUUGACUGUAAAGGACUUGUAUGGCUGUCGGCGAUAAAACGCCGAAACAGGGCCCAGUUAAAGUGUUUCAGUUCGCGUCCAAGUUCGUCGGGUACAACCACUUUGCAUCGGUUCUGCGUUUUAAAGAAAAUUACUUUCAGGUCCAGUUACAUUUUGCACUUCCCCAUAGAAAUUUCUUUCGGUUUUUUAACUUUGAAAACACCGUAAAUUUCAGUAUGGACUCCACGGCGAAAUUUUCCGAUAUUCGCUUUUCAGUAUCUCUUUUCAGUAUGCAAAAACGUCCUUUUGGAGAGACAAUACACAUUUCAGAAUAAUUGACAGUUUUUGUCGUUCAGCGGUUCCUUUUUUUUUCCCAAUAUUAUAGCUGUCAAUUUUUCUGAGUGGAAUGCGGGAGAUUUUCACCUUGUCAUGACCGAGAUUUUCGGAAACGUCCCGGCGACUUCCGAAGAUUUCCGACUAAUUUCCGAAGACUUCCGAACGAUUCCCGGACGUUGCUGAAAACUAAAUGUCCCCAGACGUUUCGAAGACGUUCGAGUACUUCCGAAGCUACUUAAACGACGACAAUUUUAGCGAGCUUUUGUUUCGUUAUAGUGUGCAAAACAGUCCGUUCUUUGUGUAUUCAAGUACGUUUAAAGUACGUUUGAGGAUAAAAGACCGACUGUUUUGCAGUCUAGUUAGAACUCAAAAAAGUACACAAAGUCACCAUGUGUUAAAGAAGAGUUUGUCCUCAUUUGCGAGUCAGGGGUGAGGAAUUGUCCUUGAUGCGCGAGAUCGAUGUCUUUAGACCACAGGGGUGAGAGUUGGCAGGUAUACAAUAUUCUGAAGAUACAAAUUUUGAUUGGCCUAAUAGUUGGAAAUUUUAAACUCUGUUAGCAAAAACGUCCUAGUAGAGAAGAGAAGCGCACAACUUGAGAAAUGGAGGGUCACCUGAAAUGCUUACACUAGCAAAGCUAAUAAAAAUUAAGGUACUAUUGCAUCAGUUUUCGAAUUUAACGUUUAAAUUAUAUUAUAUGUGCCUCUUAGCGAAUUGAGAUCGGCGGAACAUUGAGAGCUGUAUCCGAUAUGUUCGAAAUAUACACGUUACUAUAAGAGUGAGGACUGCUUUGGGACCUUUAGGAGCUUGUUGUUACUUGCUUCAAUAGUUAUUGACCAAGCAAUGUAAACCCUUUAAGCCUGAGAUCACAAUCAAUAUUAUAAUAAUAGUAAUAAUAAUAAUAAUAACAAUAAUAAUAAUAAUAAUAAUAAUAAUAACGGCAACGGCAAUGGCAACAACAACGACAACGAUAACGAUAACGAUAACAAUAAUAGCAAUAAUAAAGCUGCUUGCUGAAGACAGUAGCUUAUAGAAUUAGAUACACAACCUCUUCCCCAGGGUGCUUUUCCCUGGCUUUGGAGGUGGGGGACAAGGUAGUUAGAUACAAUAGGCGUCUUGUUGUGUUUAUUGUUUAUUGUUUAUUGUUUUGUUUGCCAAAAAAUUAUACAAAUCAAAUGAAAUCUAAUUACUUAAACUCUCAUGGCGAGGAAGCCCAAGAGAAGCCACCGGGCUUAUAAGGAAUGGGCUCCCUCAGUUAGAUAAAUAGAACAAAAUAUUAUCAUAAUUACACAUGGGAAAAUCAAUGGCAGAGCUACAGUAAAUCUUAAAAUAAGUAUAUUAGAUAGUCGUACUAAUCAUAGUUCUAGGCUAAAAAAAGCGAAAUGACAAAAAGAAAAAACAAAACAAAACAAAUGAAAAUAAAAGAGCAAAGGAAGAAAAAAAAAUACACAUAUAUAUAUAUAUAUAUAUAUAUAUAUAUAUAUAUAUUACUAUUUAUGAUAAGAGGAAUGCUUUCAGUUUACAGCAAAAGGAAGCGGUACUUGUUGCAUUUCGAAUUUCAAAACUAAGAGAGUUAGUUGUGAGUCAUUUUAAAACUAUUUCCCUGUUAUUUUAGGCGGGCUUAGCAUCACCAUCCAAUCCAGAGCAGGUGCUUAUUGCAUUGGAGCCUGAGGCGGCCUCAGUAUACUGCAGAGAGCGUAAAGUGUGGGAAUUUAUCAAUGAGCGCGGGAGCGCUGAGUCGUCAUUGAUCGACACUCUUUCUUAUCCAAAAACGCAGUACGUGGUGGUCGACAUCGGAGGUACGAAAAAUGAAAUACAGAAUUAACUACUGAUCUUCAUAGUUUUAAGCAUGUCAUCCAGAGCUCGUCAAGGAGUGAAGUCAUCAUCAUCAUCAUCAUCAUCAUCAUCAUCAUCAUCAUUUUCACCCUCCGUUUUCCACUCAUUUUCAUCAUCAUCAUCAUCAUCAUCAUCAUCAUCAUUUCCAUCCUUACAAUCAUCACAGUCAUCAUCAUCAUCAUCAUCAUCAUCAUCAUCAUCAUCAUCAUCUUCACUCACCUUGUCCUAAUCAUACUCACCAUCAACCUCGUCCCCAGAGCUUUUCCCUCAAAAAAUGGGUGGGGCGGGAAAAGGCCCUGGCAUCGGGUGGUCACGUACACCCUAGAAUCCUGGGUGUAAUAAAUUAGCGUCAUGUGAAAAGCUAAAAUUAUGCGUAACCUCACAGCGCGCGAUCUUGGGCAACCUUCUAUAUCUCUUGACGAUUAACGAAAAGUUCUAAAAGGUUUCCUUUAUGUCACAGAUACUGGCUAUGGUAAUUUUUUGCUAUCCUCAUAUUUCUAUGAAGGGGACAGCGAGUAAUAUUUGUAAAACUUCUGUUUAUAGAGCGGUAUAAAUGACAAACAAGCUAUCGUACGUGCAUAAAGGUUUUGCUGGAAAAGUCCGCUUUCUCUACUCUUCUGAUAUUUUAUUUCAUUUCUUGCGAAGUGGGCCGCCGUACAUAGCCUAGUUCUAUUCACCUUAACUCUCAGCCAUAUCAUAGCGACACGCGUUGAUUUAGACUUAUCCUGUAUGACCUGUAUUUUUAAAAAAUUCAUCGACCUUUGCGAUCAAACGACUGGCAACAAAAAAAACUUGGGUCUAUUUAAAAUUGACAGAGCUGUAGUUGAUUCCAAUCGAUCAGUCAGUCUUCCCUUUGAUAUAAGGAAAAUCCUUUGUACUUAUCGUCGGAACAGAAAAGAUAUAAGAGUUCUUCAAAUGUUUCAGAUCGGCGACCAGUCAUCGUUCCUGGCUGGAGGGCUGACUUGUAUCCGGCGCGGAGAUUUGUUUGUUUCAUGGUCGCGGGUUGUAGAGAAGACCAGACUUCAUAAAGCAUUUUGAUAAACUAUUCUAUUUCAAUUAAGUUCAAUUUCUUUAAAUUCACUGCAGAUCCUGAAGGCAAAGGCCCGCAUUUUUGUUUGACAUUGGACAAAAUCACUUCCCGCUUUUUACCGUUAAGUAAUUCCACAGUCACGAUGAAGUUUACAGGGUGUUUCAAAAGUUCGUUCCGAUUUUUUAUUCGCUUAAAUUUCACUAAUUAUUAAAAAAAAACCUUUUUUAAAACUUGGUAUGUUAUUCAUUAUUCACUCAACAUUGAAUAACUAAAAUAUUAGUGAACAGAAUGUCUUUUUGUAUGUUUUCUGACAUUUUUAAGCAGUGAGGUAUAGAAUGUACGAGCUCCCAGAGCGUGUCCAAAGUCACAUUCUUCCAGGCGAAGCGUAGUCACUGUCUUAGCUCGUCCAGUGUUUUGGGGGUAAGAGCUUUGUAUGUUGUCUCAUCUACGAUAAUCCAGAUGGUCUCUAGGGGGCUCACAUCAAGUGAGUUUGCCGGCCAGUCCUCCUUUGGUAUAAAGUUUGCAAAUCCUUCUGACACCAUCCCUGCAUGAACCGCCUUUUUCUCUUCAAGGCUUUCCAACUUUUUCUGGUAACUUAUCCCCAUACCGUUGUGCUCGAAACUUUGAUCGAUAAUGUAAAGUUGAAAAUUUUUUACCUUUCUGUUUUGUGGAAUUAUUUGGCAUAUACUUACGGCUUUUUCGAUAAUAUUUCACACACAGUUUGUGAAAAAACGGCCAUCCACUCCUUGGUUUGUGUUCUAAGGCCUUUACUUUUGACCACUUGUUAGGUCAUCGUUCAGACUUCUUCAAUUUUUUUUGGACUGAAUGGCCAGAGGAACAUAAAAUUAGAUGCCUGAGCUCUAGCACAAACAGUGUAGGCCUUCAUUUUCGUGAAGGAGUAGAGGAAAUAAAAGAAAGCGUUAAAAAUACCAAAAUAGAAAACCUUCAAAAUGAGCAGGAAAAGUAUGGCGGGAAAAACCUCGUGUACGUGUACAGUUACGGCAAAAAUUAAAAAAAUAUAUAAUUUCUUCAAAUUCUAGUUUGAAAUUGCUUUCAACGGUUAUUUAGAUAAAUGUCUUACCUGAAUCAGUUUAUUUGCCUAAAGAAGCAUUAAAUGCUUUGCGCAAAAUACAAUUUACAAUCGGAACGAACUUUUGAAACACCCUGUAGUCGAAGUGGGACAUAAAAGCUUGUCUCAAUGCUGAAGCAUUUGACAUAUUUUGUACGUGACAACGUAGAGCCGGUCUGCCCUUUCAUAAACUCUUGCAUUUGAAUAAUGCGCAAUUAAAUGGAACUUAAGCUUUUGAAUCGCACACAAGCGAAAAUAUUGACAUAGUUCGCGAUGUUAGAAUUUUCCAUUGUUGUUCCCUUCUGUCAGCGCAAAACCAGCGGGUUUAGCUUGUCAGGAAUAUUUAGGCUGUACACGUGACCAGACGAUGCCAGGGCCUUUUCCCGCCGGACCCAUUUUUUAGGGAAAAGCCCUUGGGACAAGGUUGACUCACCAUUAUCUACAUCAUCACCCUCAUCGUCUUUUUCAUCCUCACCUUCAUCUUCAUCUUCAUCAUCAUCAUCGCCAUCCUCAUUCUUAUCCUCAUCUUUAUCUACAUAAUCAUGACAAACCCUACUGUUUAGCGUUUCUAAAUGCUCCGUCUUUGAUCUGCUAGGUGGUACUCUCGACGUGACUGUGCAUGAGAUCCAAGAAAACGGUACAAUAAAGGAGAUCCAUCAAGCAACUGGCGGUCCUGCAGGUGGACAAAAUAUAAAUAUCAAGUUCAGAGAACUUCUGGAAAAAAUUUUUAGCAAACGAAUAAUUGAAGAUUAUAUCCGUGAACAUCCAGUCGAUUGGUUGUACUUAAUGAAUGACUUUGAGGUCAAAAAACGCGGAAAACGGGUCUCUCAAGGAGCAACCACAAGAAUUCGUUUGCCAAACAGCUUUGUGAGCAAAUUCGCGAUUGGAAAGGGCUGGGAUGUAAACACAUUUAUUCAAGAGCAUUACAGUCUUGACCACAUCAAGGUUCAACGGAACGAGUACCUUUGUCUUGAAGCAAAAGUCAUGAGAGAACUUUUUGACCCAGUCUUGGAUCAAAUAAAUACACAUCUCUCAAACCUUUUUGCCAUGGAGAACUUGUCUGGAGUUAAAUACGUCUUUCUUGUCGGAGGGUUUGCGGAGUCAGCACUACUCCAGGAGAGAAUAAAAAGGCAUUUCGGCCACAGUUAUCGCAUUAUGGUUCCUCAGAACGCCUCACUUGCAGUUGUCCAAGGAGCCGUUAUGUUUGGCCAAAACCCUGAGGUCUUCCAGUCUAGAGUAAUGACUGCUUCCUAUGGCAUCCGUGUACACAGGCUAUUUCUCGAUGGUCUCCAUCCCGAGUCCAAAAAAAUUGUCGUCAACGGGAUCCCCAGAUGCAAAGAUAUCUUCUUCAAGUUCGUGAAAGUGGACGAGGUGGUAAGAGUCGGCGAAAUUCGUCGUUUCCCUGGCUUUGCACCUUUGACAGGAGACCAAAAGCGAAUUAAGGUCGAUUUCUACCGGUCGGAAAUCGCUGAAGCGGAAUUUGUUACAGAUUACGGCGUACAGAAGGUACCCUGCCAAGGAUUGGUACUAGAGACACCGGAAGCUUGGAAAACGAGAGACAUCGAAAUAAACUUGAGCUUUGGAGGAACGGAAAUAAAGGUGACAGUUGUUAAUCCAACAAGUAAUAAGCAGUGCACUGCUUACCUGGACUUCUUAACCAAAAAUGAGUAG